GGAGAGAGAGUACGUUUGAGUUGAAUCCUUGGAAGACGAUAGAGAUAUUUUCUUAUGUGUUCCUAUGCACAGGGUGAGCUCAUAAUUAUCGUGCUUAUGAUGAUAAUUUACGAUUUUUUACUUUGUUAUCUGUUACAUGAGAAAGCUAUAUAUAUAUGUAAAACAUUUGUAUCUCUUCUUUUUUUUUUAAAUCGAAAAUAAUUGAUUCACUCUGUAUAUGCAAAUGCAGAUCUAUUACUAGUGUUAUUAAUCUUGAUCUACAAUUCAUUGUCUCGUUUAACGACAGCAUUUUAUUUCUCUCUCUCUUUCUCUCUUUCUCUUUCUCCCUCUAUCUCUCUCGUUAUAUACACGCCCUUCGAAAAUGACUUUUCACGAUAUUUCUCUCGAAUGAAUUCAGGUACUUAUAUACAAAUUUUUUUUUGAUAAACGACUGUCGUUCAUAGAAAAAUGUAAUCGUGCCCGAUAAGCGACAUUAAUGCUACAAAUUUUAUUCAUUGUCACGCGCUAAAAUUGAGCCACAACUUAGCAACCCUGUGGGAAACCACUGCAAAUAGUGCAACCCCCGUCGGUGAUGAAAAGCACGUAGGGUGAUUCUCGUUUUUCAAAGAUUUCUCUUUUACUUUUUAAAUCAUUAACAAAUUGAGGGAUAUGAUGAUACAUAAGAACAUAGAUAUACCAAAAUUGUAUGCUUAUGUCAACAUCCUGUAUAAGGCUAAGCCGAUGUUGACGUACAAUGGAUGUAACGGUGUAACAACGGAAACGGACAAUGGUUCUCCUGCUGAAUCAUUUUUAUCAGCCGAAGGAGAACUUGCCGAAGAGCCGGGGGAUUCGCCGGGUACUCCGAGAGAUACCGAGGAAGAGGCAACCCUUUCCGAUGAAUUUUAUUCCCACGACACCGACGAGGAAGAAGAACAGGGAAGACGUAGGAGAGAUCGUGCGAAUUCCCUAGACGGCAUUUCAUCUUCCGGUAACGGUCAAUUAGGCUCGCCCACACUUCGGAUAGGCAACGUUGGUGUUAGGAAAUUAUUUACGAACAGUCGUGAACGAUGGAGACAACAGAAUGUCAGCGGAGCUUUCGCUGAACUUCGGAAGCUUGUUCCUACUCAUCCUCCGGAUAAAAAGUUGUCGAAGAAUGAGAUUUUAAGGAUGGCUAUACGAUACAUAAGAUUGCUAAGUAACGUUCUUGAGUGGCAGAAUGCUCAAGAUCGAAACGGACUGGUCCAUACGCAAGAUGGUGUCAGAGUAAAAUGUGAGGGACACUUUAACAACAACAACAACAACAAUAACAACAACAACAACAACAACAACAACAACAACAAUAAUAAUAAUAAUAAUAACAAUAACAACAACAACAAUAAUAAUAACAACGGUAUUCAAAAGUCCAAUUCUUAUCAGACAAAGUGCCCGAUUAAUUUAACGAAACAAGAGAAACAACAAAUCAACGAGAACGCCCUCCAAUCGUACAGAGUCCAUUAUCUCGGCCAACAACAGAGACAACAUCCUGUCGGUCAUCAUGGCGCCUGUGAUAAGAAUGGGAACAACUUGCUAAUGAUCGUACCAGCUGUAUCGUUGAACGAAUUGUCGGCCUCUUCGGUUGAUAAACACGUGGAUUCCUCGAAUGUUAUUUCUCAAGGUCACCAUCAUUCGGUUAAUCAUUCUUUAGGCUCUAAUCUGAUUCGUUCUUCGUUAUCUUGUUCGUCAUCAUCAUCAUCAUCAUCAUCAUCAUCAUCAUCAUCAUCAUCAUCCUCGUCAUCCUCGUCGUCGUCGUCAUCGUCGUCGUCAUCAUCGUCGUCGUCAUCAUCGUCGUCAUCGUCGUCGUCGUCAUCGUCGUCGUUGUCGUCGUCUUCAUCGACCGUUUCCAACAGAGUUAAUAAUUUUUCAAAAUCUCAACAAAUCAAUUACAACGUAUCCUCUACAAAUGGCUCCUUAAUAACUAAUGGAAAUAGUUCAAGUGUUGGACAAAAGAGAUUAUUUAAAGUCGAGAGACAAGACGACGAACAAUCUGGCAUUGGUAGAGAGUGUAGAUCGUCGUCAAUCACUGAACAUCCCAUUCAAGUGCGGAAGAGAGUUAAGGUUACUUUCGCCAAAGAUACAACGGGAAAUUUUCGGCAGGAUUUUAGACACGUCGAAAGAAAGUGAACAUUGAAAAGAAGGGAAUCAAGCAAGAUCUGAGGAUUGGAUUGGAAAAAGUUUUUGUCGACUUUCUGUCUUACGUAUUUGAGAUAUUCCUAUUGCUGUGUGACUGCUUUAUUAUUACUAUUAUUAAUUUUUUUUUUUUAUUUUUUUUAUAUAAUUAUAUUUUUUUUUAAAUAAUUCGUUCAAUAAAAGUUCAUUGUUUUUACGAGA